CAAUAGUACAUUGGCCUACAUUUGUUUCCUCCAGGAAGAACCGUAUCAACUUCAUAACUCUGCAGAGCUGUGUGCAUUUUAUUUGUUCUGCUACACGAGCUUUUUCUGCUACUGAGCUUUGUGCAUUUAGCGAAUAUGAUAUGAAACCAAUCUACAGGAAACAUGCAUUAACAAAAUUCUUGGUGAUAAACUCGUGUGCCGCGUUUUGUUUGAUGCUGUAUGUAUUAUUGACCUUUUCAACUGAGUACUGGCGGUUGUACAUGAUCCCUGGUUUCGUCUAUAUACGCAGUACGGAAAACAACAGUCAUUCCAAAUGGAUAUUACAUCAAUUUGUGGUCUGGCACUGAGAAAUCCCACUCAUAUCAUUUCAGCUGAAGUGAAAGGAAGAAAGAUUUGUGUGCAAAACUACAAGGCCUACCUCAUGGGUAUCUUCAUCAUCCUUUCAAUGGCAUGCUGUCUCUCUUCUGCCCAAGCAUCACUUGAGAAUGAUGACAUCCCAAGCUUGAUCAUGAUGUCAUUUUGGAAUGAUUGGAUAGGAGAGAACAUUCUACCAUCAAUCAGAGAUGGAGAGGCAUCUAACGGUUCACAAUGUUUCCAGGAACUUGAGAAAAUAUUCACAGAAGGCGGAAAGAAGCGAAAUAUAAUUGUAGAUGCGACUGGUAAACCAUCUUCUGGUAUCCUGGAGGGUAACAUUGCUUGGUUAGGUGACUACAGACAGUGUAUAGAUACAACAGAUCUUCACUAUUGUCUCAUUUCAGCACCAAUACAAGUACAGUCAGUCAGCGAUCGGGUUAGUGGUUCCUUAUCAUUCGGUACAUGCGUCCCAGAAGUGUGUACAGAGAAAGAUAUCUUUAUAGCCAUUCAAAACAUCGAAAGUAUAUUAUUUCAAAACGUCACUAAGACACCAGCCAUCCAUUGCAGUAAAAAAUUGAACCCUUCCAACGAUUCAGGAUUUAUAUGCACCAUGGUCUUUCUUUCACUGCUCUGUGCAUUGUGUCUCUGUGCAACGGUGUAUGAGAGUUACCUCGAUCACUGCGGCAGCUCUGAUGAAGAAAGCACACCGAUACUUAGACAGCAGACGUUCGAGAGUUCUUGCAAUGGACGCCAUCAUAGUGAACGUACAGUAGUUGAUUAUGGAGAUCUAUCAGCAUGGAGGAGAUGUAUCCUCUGCUUUUCUCUGAACCGCUCUGUGAAUCAGAUCACUAAUACGACAUCAGGGAAGGAUGAAAUCCAAUGUCUUCAUGGAAUGAGAGUUAUCAGCAUGUUCUGGAUAAUUCUCGGACAUUCAUUCAGUUUCCAACAAAACUCGGGUGCAUUGGCUGAUAUUUCAUGGCUAUACAGAGUACCAGCCAAAUGGUUCACGAGCCAGGUUAUUUAUAAUGGCUAUGUCGCCUUAGAUACCUUCUUUUUUCUCGGCGGCCUUCUUGUUGCCUAUACGGGCUUCAAAUACAUGUCAAAAUCUGUUGGAAGAGUCAACUGGUUGGUUUCCAUAGUUCAUCGGUAUCUUAGGAUAACGCCGGCGAUGGCAGUUGUAAUUCUGUUAUACACCUUUGUGUAUCCUUACCUUGGAGAGGGACCUUUCUGGUACAAACGAAUAGAAGAUACUCAAGAUUGUUACCAGUGGUGGUGGACCAACUUUCUUUAUAUCAACAAUUUUGUACCAUCAAGUACAUCGAGCGGGUGUUUAUCAUGGUCUUGGUAUCUGGCGACAGACAUGCAGUUAUUUCUGCUUGCAAUCAUCCUCACCGUUCUACUCUGGUGGUUUCCAGCUAUUGGAAUCGCUACACUAACCCUACUAUCUAUCGCCAGUAUUAUGAUACGCGCUGUUAUCUUCUCAUUGAGGGACUACGCAGCCACUCAGAUCAUUAAUACAGUUGCAGGUCAAGCUAGUGGGCUCAUGUUUAUAUUUUCUGUAAAACCCUACGCAUGCGCAACAGGAUACUUGGUCGGGUUUGCAAUGGGAUAUUUUCUGCAUACUUUGAAGAAUAAAACAGUUCCAAGAUUACACACGAUUGCAGUUCUACUUGGUUGGAUGACUGCAUUUGCUAUUGGAAUGUCAAUCGUUUACGGUCUUUAUGGCGUUUUUAAUCAUCCUGGGCUAGAGAUUGUACCACCAGACAAGGCUACAAAUGUAGUAUAUGGUUGCUUGAAGAGCCUUGCAUGGACAUUAGCUCUGUCAUGGGUGGUAUUCUCUUGUCACCAUGGAUACGGAGGUGUGAUAAAUCGAUUCCUUUCUUGGAGUCUAUGGAUCCCUCUGUCUAGGUUGACGUUCUGUGCAUAUCUAUUACAUCCUGCUGUUAUCUACCUCUACACUGGAACAAUCUCAAUGAGCUACAAUGGUCCCAUCAUUCAUCAGAGUUUUCUGUUCGCCGGUUUCGUAACGAUCAGCUACUCAGCAGCUUUCAUUCUUUCUUCGUUGAUUGAAGUGCCAAUCAGUAGUCUUCAGAAGAUGUUCCUCAAGCGAUAAUAUCUCACUAUACUACGCAGAUCAAAGGUAUAUCUCGCCCUAAUUACAAACCAUUUUCGUGGUUGAUAAAAAGGGCUUUCAAAAAGGGUAAUCAAAACUUAAUAACAAGUCGAGUAGGCUGAAGAAAAAGAAA